UAAAAAAAAAAUUCCAGAGCUGUAUAAGUGUGUGUAUCUGCUGGUGACGUCAGCGGGGUCGAGUCUCUGAGCAGUGCAGGAUGAAGAUGGAGGACGGCGGAGUGCUGGUGGAGAAAGCGCCGGAGGAGGUGCCGGCGGUGCUGGCCUCUCGGCCUCAGACCGGCUUGUCUUUCUUGGCCCCUGAACCUGAAGAUCUGGAGGAUCUGUACAGCAGAUAUAAGAAGCUGCAGCAGGAGCUGGAGUUUCUGGAGGUGCAGGAGGAGUAUAUUAAAGAUGAGCAGAAGAACCUGAAGAAGGAGUUCCUCCACGCUCAGGAGGAGGUGAAGAGGAUACAGAGCAUCCCUCUGGUGAUCGGACAGUUCCUGGAGGCUGUGGAUCAGAACACCGCCAUCGUCGGAUCCACCACAGGCUCGAACUACUACGUGCGAAUCCUGAGCACUAUAGACCGAGAGCUGCUGAAGCCCAACGCCUCGGUCGCUCUGCACAAACACAGCAACGCUCUGGUGGACGUACUGCCCCCGGAGGCAGACAGCAGCAUCAUGAUGCUCAGCUCAGAUCAGAAGCCGGAUGUGAUGUAUGCUGAUAUUGGUGGGAUGGAUAUUCAGAAGCAGGAGGUUCGGGAGGCGGUGGAGCUUCCCCUCACACACUUCGAGCUCUAUAAACAGAUCGGUAUCGACCCGCCCCGAGGUGUGCUGAUGUACGGCCCCCCCGGCUGUGGGAAAACCAUGCUGGCUAAAGCUGUGGCUCAUCACACUACAGCGGCGUUUAUCCGUGUGGUGGGCUCGGAGUUUGUUCAGAAGUAUCUGGGUGAGGGUCCUCGUAUGGUGAGAGACGUCUUCAGGCUGGCCAAAGAGAACGCCCCCGCCAUCAUCUUCAUAGACGAGAUAGACGCCAUCGCUACCAAGCGUUUCGAUGCUCAGACUGGAGCUGAUCGAGAGGUGCAGAGGAUCCUCCUGGAGCUGCUGAACCAGAUGGACGGUUUUGACCAGAAUGUGAACGUGAAGGUCAUCAUGGCCACUAACAGAGCAGAUACUCUGGACCCGGCUCUGCUGCGCCCCGGACGACUGGACCGAAAGAUCGAGUUCCCGCUGCCGGACCGCCGACAGAAACGCCUCAUCUUCUCCACCAUCACCAGCAAGAUGAACCUGUCCGAGGAGGUGGACCUGGAGGACUAUGUUGCCAGGCCGGAUAAGAUCUCUGGAGCGGAUAUUAACUCUAUUUGUCAGGAGGCCGGGAUGCUCGCUGUGCGCGAGAACCGCUACAUCGUUCUGGCCAAGGACUUCGAGAAGGCCUACAAAACCGUCAUCAAGAAGGACGAGCAGGAGCACGAGUUCUACAAGUAGACCAAUCGCUGUCCGGAUUAGCAUUAGCUCCGCCCCCUUUCUCCUAAAACGUUCAGUUUUUCUCAUUUCCUGCUGUUUUUGUACGUUCAGUACGAACGGCUCUCAGUACAGUACAGGACUGGGAUUAACAGGUGUAUAUGUACACACACACACACACACACACACACACACACACUCUUACACACUGCAGAAUAACACUUAUGUAUUGAGUUUAUUGAUGUUCACGGCAAAGAGAACCAAUAAAAUGUUUUCCAUAAAACA